AGUCCGCGCCCCCGCCGCCGCCGCCGCCGCCGCCGCCGCCGCAGAGCAUCGAGCAGCUUGGCCGCCGCGCCACCAAACUUUCGCCGGAGCCGGCGCCGGGAGGGAGCCCCAGCUGGAGGCUGCUCUUGUGCCAAUGACCCUUCCCAAUUCUUCCUGUGUCGUAGAAGACAAGAUGUGCGAGGGGAAUAAGACCACCAUAGCCAACCCCCAACUGAUGCCCCUGGUGGUGUUCCUGAGUGCCAUCUCCUUGGUCACCGUGGGACUCAACCUGUUGGUCCUCUACGCUGUACGGAGUGAGCGGAAGCUACACACUGUGGGGAACCUGUACAUUGUCAGCCUUUCUGUGGCAGACCUGAUCGUGGGAGCUGUUGUCAUGCCCAUGAACAUCCUCUACCUCCUCAUGUCCAGGUGGUCCCUGGGCCACCCUCUCUGCCUCUUUUGGCUUUCCAUGGACUAUGUGGCCAGCACCGCAUCAAUUUUCAGUGUCUUCAUCUUGUGCAUCGAUCGCUAUCGCUCUGUCCAGCAGCCCCUCCGAUAUCUUAAGUAUCGUACCAAGACCCGAGCAUCAGCCACCAUCUUGGGGGCCUGGUUUCUCUCCUUCCUGUGGGUUAUUCCAAUUCUGGGAUGGCAUCACUUUAUGUCACCGGCCUCGGGACACCGGGAAGACAAGUGCGAAACAGACUUCUAUGAUGUCACCUGGUUCAAGAUCAUGACCGCCAUCAUCAACUUCUACCUGCCCACCUUGCUCAUGCUCUGGUUCUAUGCCAAGAUCUACAAGGCUGUACGGCAGCACUGUCAGCACCGAGAGCUCAUCAAUGGAUCCCUCCCUUCCUUCUCUGAAAUUAAGCUGAAGCCAGAGAACCCCAAGGUGGGGGCCAAGAAACCAGGGAAGGAGUCUCCCUGGGAGGUUCUGAAAAGGAAAUCAAAAGAUGCCAGUGGUGAGCCUGUCAUGAAGCCACCAUCCCAAGACUCAGAGGAGAUGAAAUGCCCAGGUGUCUUCAGCCAAGAAGAGGACAGAGAAAUGGACAAACUCCACUGCUUUCCACUUAACAUUGUGCAGAUGCAGACUGAGGCAGAGGGGAGUGGCAGGAGUUAUGUAGCUAUCAACCAGAGCCAGGGCCAGCUGGAGAUAGAUGAACAGAGCCUGAGAAUGCGUGUGGCCAAUGAGAUAUCAGAGGAUCAAAUCCUAGGUGAUAGCCAAUCCUUUUCCCGGACAGACUCAGACACGCCCCCAGAGUCAGCAUCAGGGAAAAGCAAACCUAGAAGUGGGUCUAGCACAGGACUGGAUUACAUCAAGUACACUUGGAAGAGGCUCCGCUCACAUUCCAGACAGUACGUGUCUGGGUUGCACAUGAACCGAGAACGGAAGGCUGCCAAACAAUUGGGUUUUAUUAUGGCGGCCUUCAUCCUUUGCUGGAUUCCUUACUUUAUCUUCUUCAUGGUCAUUGCCUUCUGCAAAAGCUGUUGCAAUGAGCAUGUGCAUAUGUUCACCAUCUGGCUUGGCUAUAUCAACUCCACGCUGAACCCCCUCAUUUACCCCUUGUGCAAUGAAAACUUCAAGAAGACAUUCAAGAAAAUUCUCCACAUUCGCUCUUAAGGGAGGCUACAAGGGGAUGCAACCAAAGUGACACUUAGGCUGUCCCUGAAGAAAAUGGAGGAUGAGGCCUGUGAGUUGCCAGGCACCUGGGCUUUCCAGAGUCAAAAGAAUAGUCUUAAGGACUAGGUAGCUUGGAAGGUUCUUAGACCCAUUGGCAGAAUAGCACAUGUUGGUGGUCAGCAGAGAGAUUGUACUCUGAGUAGAAAGCAGGAUAUUUCCAAGAGAAUCAGACCUGGAUGAGUUCUCCUGCUCCUCAGGAAAUGUGGGAGCCUCAGACUCUCACUGUCAUUCAAGUUUUCAGACUUGAAUUAAUUGGAAACUGAAGGGACACGUAGGUAGAGUUUUACUGGAGAAUUAGAACUCUCAAGCCUUCCUGGAAUGGAGUUAUAUGACUGUGCAGAGACCUCACAUAUGCAGAUAGAUGCUGUCCCCUUCCAGGGAUCACCUUGAUAGGCAUGACAGCUAUUCCAUUGUGACUGUCACUUCUCAGAACACCUCUCCUCUGAGCCUCUCCUACAGCUUUCUCCAGAACCAGUGUCUGAACCACCUUGGAAAUUCUGCUUUAUUAUUUCUCACUCAUGCACAUCUUAGAGUUGAUAGGAAAUUUUUCAGCUUGUACAUUUCCUUGUUUGCAACCCCAAAUUCCUUUUGGCUAUUAACAGAAUAAUGAUAAAAGCUGCCUUCAAAAGAAAAAGAAAAGGCGUGUUUUUAAUGGUUGCACAAUGAAAGCAUAAAAAAAGGGAAUGGGGAGAAGAAAACUAUAUCUCUUGAGUGCUGGGCCAGGCUUACCCCCCUUAAGCUCCGUGACACUCCAUAGCAGGUGGAUGGUGUUACUAGAAGAGCAAAUUGUGAUGUAGCAAGGUGACAUAAAGUGCCCAACAUCACACAGCUAGUAAUGUGAGAGAGUUAGAAUGAGAACCCUGUGGGGUUCUGGCUCAUUGUAACACGUUUUCUCCAAAAGGCAAAAAUUUGUCCUGUUAAGUAUGUGCAUGUGUGCGCACACACACACACACACACACACACACACACGCACGCACAACUAUUCCUAAGAGUGGUGACAAUUCUCAAAAGGAUAUGCUGAGAGAAGGAAAAGCUGGCAUAGAAUAUUCCUGAGGCGGCAGAAGGUGAUACUUUGAAGGGACAGUGUGCAUUUUUAUUUGUGAGUUCUGCUGUAUUCAUUGAAGAAAAGUCAUCAUGUACUUUUAUACUCACACCUCUUUAGUAAAAACUAGCAAAGGCAUGGGACGUACAGUUUUCCUUGGUGUUUACAUUGCAAUCUGGUUGUGAUUUAUAUUUUAAAACUUAAUGCUAAACUGUAAUGUAUGUAGCCAAAUGGAGUGCAUGUACAAGCUGGUAUUUUGUGUCCUGUGUUCCUGUUCGCAUGAUGUUAAAAAUGACAGAUUUUUACCUGCCUAAAAUAGGAUAUUUGAAACUACCUUGUUAUGAGUUUGAUUUAUUUAAUUCUCCCUUUCUGAGUCUCUUGGACUGAGAAGAUGUAUUGAAACAUGCUGUCAAAUAUUAUAAGAUAUGAUACAGGAUUGCUCUUUGGUUUCUGGUCGCAUGUGUAAAUGUCUUUAGGAAAGAACUUUUUAUAACAAGCCUCACUGUCUGCUUGGCAUCCCCCAAAGCUCUUCUUGGUCAAAAUUGGGGGAGCUAAUGAGACUUUUAUCCUGGUUUUGAAAGCUGUAGCUGGUCUGUUUCUAGGUCAAAAAGCCUUUCCCAGAAGACCUGUGAGAGACUUGCUCCCCAAGAUCCCUCAGCUUGCUCCCCAAGAUCCCUCAUAAUGAAGGAGUUUUAAAAAGAUCACCUCCCACAGACAAAUGGCUAAGUGCCCAUUAUUCGUGUUGAUGAAUGGUUGAGGCAACUAGUGAAGAAAAGUGGUUAUAAGCUCUGACUUUGGGUCAAAGAGACCUGCAUCUGAGUCUGAUAAGAAGAAAUGGUCAAUAUAAAUUGUCAGAACACAAAAAGCCAGGCCCGUGCAUUAUUGAAUACAGUGUUUAUGGUGCAUGCAGAGCAUCUGGUACAUGGUGAGGACUCAUAUGUAGUUUUAAAACAUACUGUGCAUAUCAUAUGCCAGGCCCCAUGCUUUACCACUGUUAUCUAAUUCAGCCUUUACACGGAUCUCAUGAGGGAGACUUCUGUAUUUUUACAGCUAGGCAAACUGAGGCACAGAAAGAAACUGAGGAAUGGGCAGACAGAAAAGGAGAAGUAGGAAGUGGGGGGCAGAAAGAGCAUAAACCAAAUGGCAUAAUAUUCAUGCACUCAAGAAAAAUCUACAUUCAAAAACAUAUUCUUCAUUAAUGUAUUCAUAAGUUAAAUAUAUUCAAAGGGAAAAUAAACCAUCCUUAGCUUUUGAUAAGUAGAAAUUCCUUCAAAUGAUUCUCUUAAGAUCAUGUGAAAACUGGUCAACUACUGCAUCACAUAAAUCUUUAAAAGCUUGUGAAACUAUGCCACCUAAUAGAAAUUGCUAUAAAUCGUAGAAGCUGGUCAUGUUAAUAAAAGUGUUCAUUCAGAAAAGCCAUUAGUCUGCAGAUUGGCCAUUUGAUGAUUUGGUCAUUUGGUUACUUGGCUUGCAGAAAAUUGCUGGUCUCUCUUUUUAAGAUGGGCCUUCCAGAGGAGAUUUAAGUCAAUACAGGGUGAAAAGGCUGCUGGCUGAGAUGCAUUCUAAGUUCCUUAAAUAAAUAAUGCUUUUAAGAUCUAAUUUGCCAAUAUGUCAUUCCACAGUGUUUUGGGCUUUCAACGCCUAGGCUGUGCAGCGUAUGGUUCCCAUUGAGCUGCAAGACAAAUGAUGAAGGUGGAUUGACCUGAAUCUCUGUGGUCUUGAAUAAAUGUCAUGGGCCUCAUUGCCUUGCUGUGUCCAAGAACAUUCUCUGCCUUUUUCUGUGUCCUUGUCUGGCCUCUUUCAUGAUGCUCCAUCAUCUUGGUGCCCCAAGGCAUGAGCAUCAGUUCCAAAGUCCAAAGCUUAAAGAAUCAUCCUGUGUCCACCUUUGCUGCAAUCAACUCUGAAGGGGAUUGGGGGUCAGGUGGGACAUGUGGUACAAACAUGGCUGAAGGACCAACAGUUCCUAGAGAAGUGGAAUCAUUGUGAGCUGGGUUGAAACUCCAAAAGGUGUUAACUAUAAGAAUCUUGAAGUCUAGCAGAGGAAACAAGCUUUUAAAGAACUAACUCAACCCAGGCUCAUAUAGAGUGAAGCCUAGAGGUGGAUGGGUGUCAUCCUAC